CGAGAAAGACCACUGAUCAAUCGGCCCUUGAGUACUCAACUAUUGCGAUGGAUCCAAGAGAGAAUUCCAGCGGACGAUGCUAUGAGGAUCAAAUCUCUUUCGAAUUACAAGGAGAUCCAGUCCUUAGGAAAAGGAAGAUUUGGUGAGACGGUAAAACGGGUGCCAAUGGAGCUGUUCAAUCAUUGGAGCCAAUCAGACUACCGAAUUUCUCAGCGAUUGGACGUGUUCAUUGAAGAAUUCCGCCAUUUGCAUCGCAUCAGCCUAGCGAAUGACAGAAUUGUGAAUUUCCUUGGUCUUUAUGCUGACAGGUACGUAACGACGAUUUUUUUGUCAAAGGAUUUCACCACAACUUUUUUUCAGGCUUUAAAAGCGCUGAAUUACCUUCAUAAUCUUGAUCCUCCUGUUGUACACAGAGAUAUAAAAGCGGCUAAUCUUUUGCUGACUAUUAGUGAUAGCGUGAAGUUGGCCAAUUUCGGUUUGGUUAGAGAUCUUGCUAUAGAUGGAUUCGGUAUAGCUGUUGCAUCGGAUAUCACUUUGGAUUUUCGAGGUACACUUCUUUACGUUGCUCCGGAAGUCCUGACUAGCGAACUUGGGCCCGGAAAUCGGAAAGCGUACGGAAAGCCAGCUGAUGUGUGGGCUCUGGGAUGCACGCUUAUCGAAAUGCUGACCAAGUACCCACCUCAUUUUGAAUAUUUUGGACACGUUGAGGCCAUACAAAGCGAGAUUCUUGAUAGAGCAUAUGGAGACAAAAGCAAUUGGCUGCCGUACAAUGCAGAUGUUCUUGUUCCUACCUGCUCAUCUUCGAUGCAUAAGCUAGUGGACGAGAUUUUCGAACGAGAUCCCAAUAUCCGGCCUAAUACCAGUAAACUGUGCGACAUUGUGCAAUCCCUCGUGAAGUCUGGAACAUCACGCACCAGUCAGCAGUCCGGACCAUGUAUGAGCGUAAGAAAGGGAGCACUACAAAAGUGCUCCAUGUUGAGCAUGUAUUUCUUUUCUCGAGUGCUCUAUUUUGCAGGGAUUCUUGGAAAGUCGGUAUUAUACGUGAUAUCAUUUUUGUUGCUCGGCAUUGGAACACUGUCGUUCUUUCUCUUUGUAUCAUUUUGUAUAGUGCUAUCGUUUCGUUAUCUCAUCAAGUUGAGUUGCGAAUGUGAUCUCUGGCAACCGCAGUAUAUAAUCAUCAGUGGAAUACUUCUCAUACUACUUUUCGCAUUACUGUUUAGUUGCUGUAUGGUCGCAUUGGGUGAAUAUAAGUAUCGAAUUGCUAACAAGACCUUACGGGAAUCCCGAUUCUUCGUACAUCGACCUCAACAUGAUCUCGUUUUAUGUGGCAUGACAAUACUUCGCGCUCGAAAGGAUACGACGGAAGAGGAUGAUGACGAAGGACUUGCUCCGACUAUUCCUCCACUGGCGCCUGCUGCUCAUGCCGAUUCCAUUGACCGGAAUUUCUAUUAUAAAUAA